AUGAACACUCGAGUAGGCGAACAAAUUCGAGUAACGUCUUCACCAGUGUUCAUCGACGGUUAUACGGAUCCUACGAAUAAUCCGCAAAAAAUCAGCCUGGGACUGUUCUCCAACGUUAAUCGAAAUCCACCGAUUGAAAAUACCCGGCGGCUCAUUGGAAAGGGAGUCAAGCUGACCUACGUGCGUCAUCAGGGCACCCUUUUUGCCGAAUGUGAAUCUGAUUCAGCUAUCUUUGUACAAUCACGGAACUGCAACUACAUUCACGGCUUUCAUCCAACUACUGUCGUCAAAAUUGCUAACAAGUGCUCUCUGAAGAUUUUCGACGAACAAUGCUUCCGAAGGGUUCGUUAUUUAUCCUUUGAGGUCACAGACUUAAAGGCACACUCCAUAAUAACUGAGUGCGACAAUCCUUUCCAU